CGUGCGGAGAGCUAGCUACAUCAGAAUGGCCAAUAAUAGGAGGAUUGGGAUUGUUGGAUUUGGACAUUUAGGUAAAUAAAACCAAAGCAACAUUUCAUUGAGUGAAUCGAAGAGUCUCUUGUUCGUGAAUUUACCUAUUAUUUAUUACGUCGCUUCGUAAAUAACGCAUACGGACGAAGUUUUUCUACUUCCUUGCUUGCUGCCGAAGCUGUUCGUCCGCCGUCAGUACGACCCUCACGCGCUGAUCGACCCAGCCCCAGCCCAGGCAGCCGAGGAAUCAUCAUGUGGAAAGUUAAGGCAAUGCCGGAACUAGAACUGCCGAGUACGUCCAGAAGCCCCGCCCGUCAAUCCAGAGCGAGUUCAUACAGGAGCUAUUCCCAAGAAGCUUUAACAGAAGCAUUUUGUUGGGUGAGGAAUAAAAAUGGGUCAAUUUACCGUGCUGCAAAAAUGUUUGGUAUCCCUGAGGGAACACUACGGGAUCGUGUCAAGGGAAAAAUUGGCCCUGAAGUGACCAAGUCAGGACCACCUUCUCUGUUCAGUCUUGAGGAGGAAACCUCUUUGGUGAACCAUCUGAAUAAAACGGCUCUACUUGGGUUUGUAUACAGCAGGGCCGAAGUUGUAGACAUAGCUUCAGCAUAUGCUGUCAUUACCAACAAACGCGAUACAGAUCAUCAUCUUACGCGAAAAUGGCUCCGUCUCUUGAUGACGAGGUGGCCUGAUCUGAAUGUCAGGAAGCCACGAAGCCUUCAUCUUUACAGAGCAAAGGCAACAUCCGAAGAGAUAGUGAAUGCAUACUACACCGAGCUCGAUCAGACAAUGACAAAGUACAAGUUAAAGGAUGCCCCUGAACGCAUCUUCUGCGUCGAUGAAAAAGGUCUGACACAAAACCAUUCCCCACGUGCCAUCAUUGGUUCGUCUCCCUCGUCCACCAAGUCCACCCCACUUGAUGCGACAUGGGAUAAAGAGAUGACCGUGACUCUCAUCGGUGCUGGGAAUGCACUGGGUCAGCAACUACCUCCAUACUUUGUAUUCUCAGGACAGCAAACGAAACAAGAGUUUCUUAACGGCUGUUCUCCUGGUGCAGACGGAACUGUCAGUGACAGUGGCUGGUCCAGUGCUGAGAUCUUCAAGACAUACCUUUCAACACACUUCUUGAAGUAUGCUUCUUCAAAUAGAUCAGCAGAAGAGCCAAUACUUCUCCUCUAUGAUGGCUAUCUGUCUCGGACUAACCUAGCACUGAUGGACUGGGCACGAGAAAAAAACAUAGUGCUCUUUGUCAUGCCUGCACAAACAAGUCGUGUCUGGCAGCCAAUUGAUGUAGAAUGUUUCGGUCAGUUUGAGAGCGCUUAUAAUUCCAUCUGCCAUCAACUAAUGCAAGCUAACACAACAACAUGGAUUGACAGAUCCCAAAUUUGUGAGAUUGCAUGCAAUGCUUAUACCAAGGCCCUUUCGCCAGAGAGCUUAAGGAGCUCAUUCAAGAAAUGGGGGAUUUACCCGUUGAGUAGCGCUUUGGUGAAUGACACUAGGUAUGUUCCAGACAUGCCAGACGAGGCUGUCAACAAGUGUGCUUCUGUAAGAGGAGAUGAUUUGGCUGAGAAAGUUGAGGUCGAAGAAAAUGAUUUGUCGGAGGAAGUCAAGCUUGGCCAACAAGCUGACCAUUCAUAUGCCGACCUUCCUGAUUCAAGACCUGCUCUUUUGAAGGAGAGAAAGUAUCCAUUGAGAAAAAGAAAAAAGAAGAUUAUCCUAAGCCCCGGGGAACAACCCAUGAAGAGUCCGUGCAUCAGGAGCUGUUCUCCAAAAUCAUCAGUUGGUAGUGCCAAGAGAAAAGUCGGUGUCCCCAAAUCCACACAGAAGGAUCGUGUCAAGAGGAGAGUUGACCCUAAAGUGACGAAACCAGAACCAGCUUCUGUGUGCACCAUUUAUGCUCCAGCUAUAGACGUCAACGAGUGUGGUCCUGCAAGAGAGGAUGAAUCCACCGAACAAGUGAAUCUUGAGGUACAAGUUGACCAAUUAUCUGCCGACCUGCCUGAUUUGAAACCUGAUCUUCUUAAGGACAGAGAGGACUCAAUGAGUGAAACAAAAGCGAAUACGUGCACAAGCCCUGUGGUACACUCCAGGAAGAGGCAAAGUUCAUAUAGGAGCUAUUCUCCAACAUCUUUAACAAAAGCUUUUUGUUGGGUCAAAAAAAAAAAUGGAUCAUGUCGUGGUGCUGCGAGGAGGUUUGGUAUCCCUGAGGGAACACUACGGGAUCGUGUCAAGGGGAGAAUUGGCCCUGAAGUGACCAAGUCAGGAAAAACUCCUGUGUUCAGCCUUGAAGAAGAGAGCAACUUGGGGAACCACCUGAAGAAAAUGGGUGCACUGGGUUUUGGAUAUAGCAGAGCAGACAUUCUUGAUUUGGCUACUACAUACGCUGUCAGUGUCAACAAACGAGAGAUGGAUCAGCCGCUUAGCAUCAGAUGGCUCCAUAGCUUCAUGAAGAGGUGGCCUGAACUGAGUGUGAAGAAGCCACGAAGCCUUGAUCUUUAUAGAGCGAAGGCAACAUCAGAAGAGGUAGUGAAUGCAUACUACACUGAGCUCGAUCAGAUAAUGACAAAGUACAAUUUGAAGGAUGCCCCUGAUCGCAUUUUUAGUGUAGACGAAAAAGGUCUGAAACAAUACCCGUCCCCACCUGUCAUCAAAGGUUCCCCCUCCACAUCAAACCCACUUGCAGUGACAAGCGACAAAGAAAUGAUUGUGACUAUUGUUGGAGCUUGGAAUGCGCUUGGCCAGCAGCUACCACCAUACUUUGUGUUCCCAGGACAAUGUAUGACACAAGAGCUUCUUAAGGGCUGCUCCCCUGGUGCAGAUGGAACCGUCAGUGACAGUGGCCGGUCAAGCACUGGCAUCUUCAAGACGUACCUUUCAACACACUUCUUGAAGUAUGUUACUACAAUCCGAUCAAAAGAUGAGCCACUACUCAUUCUGUAUGAUGGCCAUCUUUCUCAAUUCAAUCUGUCGCUAACAGACUGGGCACGAGAGCAAAACAUAGUGCUCUUUGUCUUACCUGCACACACAAGUCGCAUGUUACGGCCACUGGAUCUUGGGUGUUUCGGGCCAUUUGAGAGCGUUUAUAAUUCCCUCUGCCAUCAACGAAUGCGAGCCAACCCAACAACAGCGAUUGACAGACACGCAAUCUGUGAGAUUGCAAGCAAUGCGUACACCAAGGCCCUGACUACAGACAUCUUGAGGGGCUCGUUCCAGAAAUGGGGGGUUUACCCGCUGAAUAGUGCUGUGGUUGAUGAUACCAUGUACGCUCCAGCCCCGAAGGCUGUCAAGCAAUGUGUUUCUGAAACAGAAGACAAUUUGACCGAGGAAGUGGAUUUUGACCCAGAAGUUUAUUUUGACCCAGAAGGUGGUCAUUCAUCUGCUGACCUUCCUGAUUUGAGACCUGAUCUUUUCAAGGAGAGAGAAGACUCAACUGGACAAGGGAAAAAGAGUAUGUGCGUAAACCCUGUGACUGCGCAACAAACCAGAGCGAGGUCAUACAAGAGCUAUUCUCCCACCGCUUUAUCCGAGGCAUUUUGUUGGGUCAAGAAUAAGAAUGGUUCCACUCGUGAUGCUGCGAGAAGGUUUCAUGUCCCUGAGUGCACACUACGGGAUCGUGUCUCGGGGAAAGUUGACCCUGAAAUGGCUAGGUCAGGAUCGCCUCCUGUCUUCAGCCCCGAGGAGGAGAAGAAAUUGGUGAACCAUCUGAAUGAAAUGGCUCUACUAGGUUUUGAAUAUAGCAGAGUAGAAGUUAGAGACAUAAUCUCAGCAUUUGCUGUCAUACUCAACAGACGAAAGAAAGGUCACACAUUUGGCCUCAAAUGGUACCGUACGUUCAAGAAGAGAUGGCCUGAACUCGUUGUGAAGAAGCCCUCACAGAGCCUUGAUCGUCGUAGAGCAAAUGCAACAUCUGAAGAGGUAGUGAAUGCAUACUUUGUUGAGCUGGAUCAGAUAAUGACAAAGUACAAGUUGAAGGAUGCCCCUGAACGCAUCUUCUACCUUGAUGACAAAGGUCUGACACAAAACCAUUCUCCACCUGUCAUAGCUCGUGCAUCUUCCUCAUCCACUGCACUUGAUGCGACAAGGAACAAAGAGACUGUGACUCUUAUCGGUGCUGGAAAUGCACUGGGUCAGCAACUACCUCCGUACUUUGUAUUCCAAGGACAGCGUAUGAGACAAGAGCUACUUAACGGCUGCUCUCACGGUGCGGCUGGGACCGUCAGUGACAGUGGCUGGCCAGAUGCUGAAAUCUUCAAGAAAUACCUUUCAACACACUUCUUAAAAUGUGUUAGGCCGAAUGCGAAAAGAUUGAGAGAUGAGCCAAUACUCCUCCUCUAUGAUGGCUAUCUGUCUCGGACUAACCUAGCACUGAUAGACUGGGCACGAGAUAAAAACAUAGUGCUCUUUGUCUUGCCUGCACACACAAGUCAUGUCCUUCAGCCACUGGAUCUUUCAUGUUUUGGGCCAUUUGAGAGCUUUUAUAAUUCCCUCUGCCAUCAACAAAUGCAAGACAACUCAACGACAAAGAUCGACAAAUACUCAAUCUGUGAGAUUGCGUGCAAUGCGUACACCAGUGCCCUGACUACAGAUAUAUUGAGGAGCUCGUUCCAUAAAUGGGGGAUUUACCCGCUCAAUAGUGCUGUGGUUGACAGUACCAUGUAUGCUCAAGCCCCGAAGAUUGUAAAGAAGUGUGUUCCUGAAACAGAAGAUGAUUUGACCGAGGAAGUGAAUUUGGACCCAGAAAUUGACCAUUCAUCUGCGGACCUUCCUUCCAAGGAAGUGGAGCCCAGUGAAGAUUAUAUUGCUGUGGAAGUGUUGGUCCGAGAAGACAAUCUUGCUGAGCUAGGGGAGGUUGGAGGAAAUAGUUUCGCUGUGGAAUGGCAAUUUGGAGCAAAUGAUUUUGCUGAACAAGUGGAGGUCGGAGAAAAUGAUUUAACUGAGCAAGUGGCAGUCGAAGAAGACGUUUUAGCUCAGCCAGUGGUUUUCAUAUCACAAGCCGACCUUCCUUCUGAGCAAGUGGUAGUGGGAGAAAGCGAGUUAACUGAGCAAGUAACAGUCAAAGACAACGUUUUAGCUGAGCCAGUGGCAUAUUCACAAGGUAACCGAUCACCUGCCGACCUUCCUUCUGAGCAAGUGGUAGUGGGAGAAAGCGAGUUAACUGAGCAAGUAACAGUCAAAGACAACGUUUUAGCUGAGCCAGUGGCAUAUUCACAAGGUAACCGAUCACCUGCCGACCUUCCUUCUGAGCAAGUGGUAGUGGGAGAAAGCGAGUUAACUGAGCAAGUAACAGUCGAAGCCAACGUUUUAGCUGAGCCAGUGGCAUAUUCACAAGGUAACCGAUCACCUGCCGACCUUCCUGAUUCAAGACCUGAUCUUUCUAAGAAGAGAGGAGACUCAUCCAGUCAAAGAAAGAAGAAGACAUCCAUAAAUCCAGAGAUACGAUCCCGGAAGAACUCGUCAUAUAGGAGCUAUUCUUCAGAAGCUUUAACAAAAGCUGUUAGUUGGGUGAAAAGUAAAAAAGUUUCAAUUCGUGCUACUGCAAGGAGGUUUGGUAUCCCAGAGGGAACACUACGGGAUCGUGUCAAGGGGAAAGUUGGCCCUGAAGUGACCAAGUCAGGACCACCUCCUCUGUUCAGCCUUGAAGAAGAGAGCAACUUGGUAAACCACCUGAAGAAAAUGUGUGAACUGGGUUUCGGAUAUAGCACAGCAGAAGUUCUUGAUUUGGCUACAACAUACGCUGUCAAUAUCAACAAACGUGAUGAAGGUCAGACAUUAAGCACUCAAUGGUUCCAAAGGUUCCAGUCCAGAUGGCCUGAAUUGAGUGUGGAGAAGUCAACAGGCCUGAGCCAAGAUGCAAGAGACGAUGUUUUGGCUGACCAAAUGGAGGUUGGCCAACGAGGUGACCAUUCACUUGCCAGUCUUCCUGAUUCAAGACCUGAUCUUUUCAAGGAGAUAGAAGACUCCAUAGGACAAAGAAAGAAGGUUGGGAAAAAGAAGAGAGGCCCAAGCUUUGUUGUGUCGGAAAAUGCCAACAGGAAAAAGAUCGCAAAAUACAGUGCCGGAGAGGAAACCUCAAAACCAACAGAGAAAAAACUGAAGAAAAGGAACAAACAAAUAAAAACACAAAGAUGAUAACAUUAGAGGCUUCACACAAUACCUACAUGUAUUUAACCUGAACCUUAACCUGUCCAACUAUUCUCUUGUUUCACUGAAACACCAAACCGCUUAAGCUAGAGCACCACUAUUUGAAGAUGAUGCUAGUGCCAUGACGGUGCUUAGUUCAUAUUGCAUAUUGAUGCUAGUUUAUUUGUUGUGAUUAUAGUAGCAUGAAUUUCGGUUUCCUUUUGUGCAAGGAGUAAAUGUACAUGUUUACAUUAAAAAGUAAAUGUAUAGGGCAAAAAGGUGGCAAGAUUGCAAUAAAAUUGUUAACAUCAAAAUUCAUAAGAGCAUUUUUGUACAGAAAAUAUUGCAGAGAUAUGUUAAACAAACAUCAACUACAUGCAUUGUAUGAGAACAUGUAAGUGCAUUGAAUACAAUCACAAGGUGAAAUCCUUCGCCGAUUUCACAAAGCAUUAAACUAAUGCAAGACAAAUUGUUAAUAUUAACGUAGUGAUUUGUGUUGUGUAAUCACACCUUUCUAAGCAACUCAAUUGAUUUUCAGUUACAAUCAAUCUUGGCUCUUUGUGAAAUCGGCACCUUUUCCCAUGGCGAAGGUGAAUGAAAUGGAAAAGCAAGAUCAGUGAAGACUUUGCAAAGUGGUUAUAUUCUGUGACAAAACAAGAUGCAUUCAGUAUUUGUGUUUUGUAACUCCUACGAAGGAUCCCUGUUACUUGACAUUUUCCAACAAACAAACACAAUUACAAAAUGGACAUGGAAUCUCUAGUCAAUCCCACACUCUGAGAAAAAUUAGUUUUUAAAAACCUAAAUAUGGUGUAAAACUUCAUGUAGAUCCCAAUUCUUGUACAAUGACUUGCUUAGUUGCGAGUUACCAUUUCCAUUUGAAUUCCUCAGUUCAUAUGUACUUCAACUUUUUUUUAGCAACCUCCAGAACCCCUUGUAUCAUUGUCCUAGAGAUAUUCGUUCAAAAUUGUGUGUUGGUGUUGUUCACCGUAUCUUUACGUAAAAAGCUUGCCCGAAUGAUAUCAUUAGAUUAAAGAAUUCAAAUAUAAGUGGUAAAUUUGUGAUCAAGCACGUCGUACCAGACAUUAUUCAAAUCUAACACACGAAUGGCUUUUUUGCUGGAGAGUGAGUUAAAGAUACUGGACACUAUUGGUAAUUGUCAAAGACCAGUCUUCUCACUUCAUGUAUCUCAACAU